AUGACCAUGCGAGAACACCGAAUGAAAAAGCGAAUAUGGCGAGAAGGAAAUAAAAGAAGGAUGAAGAAAAAUACGCUUGAAGAGGUACUUUUAAACACGUCAGGUCCAUCACCAAUACCAGAAAUCCCACGAAUGACUCCACCUGCAACACUGAGUCCCUCCGAAUUAUCUACUCGUAGUUCAAGGGGAAGAAAGCAAGCGAGAAGAAAUAGAACAACGUUACACAGAUAUAAUAUUAAGUUUCAAGAAAAAAUAGACCAGUUAGAGAAGAAAAUUCGAAAAUAUAAAAAGAGAUUGCACAGAAAAUCAAAAAAAGACAGCAGCACCAACAAAGAUGAAAGUAAUAGUCAGAAUACAAAGAAGUACAGCAUUCUUUCUAAUGCCAUUAAAGAACGAUACAAAACUGUCAAAAGUCGACAAGGAAAACGCCUCAUCCAAUCCAUACUUCAAACCCGUAUCGUAAAAAUGUCCAGAAUGCAGCUCGAAUUGGUAAGAGACACAUUAGGUGUUGAUCGACCUUUAAAAUUCAAGAGCGUUCUACCAAAACGUAGUGAUCUUGUACGGAAAAUUCAUCAGAUCUUCUUGCGGGACGAUGUAACGAGAGCUACAGCUGGUAAGAAGGAGACUGUCACGCACAAAAAAAAGAAAGUACAAAAACGAUUUUUGUUGGACUCUAUGAAAAACCUAUGCAAAGCCUUCUUGAAAGAAAAUAGCGGCCUCAAAUGCCACUACAGCUACUUCACUAAAUAUAGGCCAUUUUAUGUGAAGCCACCUACUGUAGAUGGAAGAGAUACUUGCUUAUGUAAGUUACAUGCAAAUGUUACCUAUGUGGUUAAUACACUACAUAAGAAUAAAGUAAUUGUGCAGAAAGACACGAAUGAAGUCUUACAUUCACUAGUUUGUUCUGUUGAUUCGGUAUCCUGCAUGAAAGGAGUUUGUCCAGAGUGCAAGAACCGGUGCAUAGAUUAUGAUAAAAGUAACCAAACACAAAUUGUAGACUUACGACAGUGGAUAAGGAAAAGUGAAGUUGUAGAAAAGGCAGGGAAAAAGGUAAAGAUUACAAAAAAUGUACCAGUUACUGAAAAGCUCACAAUUAAAGAAGUGAUCUAUAAAUUUGAGAGCGAAUUACAAAACUUCAAAACGCACAUCCACAAUAUUAGACACCAAUACAAAGCUUACCGACAGUGCAUUGACGGGCUGACAGAAAGUGAAGUAGCAUUACAUAUAGAUUUUAGUGAGAAUUAUGCCUGCAAGUAUCACUCUGAAGUCCAGUCUCACCAUUUUGGUGGUUCUCGUAAUCAAAUCACCCUGCAUACAGCAGUGAUGUACCAUUUUUCAGCAGAAGCACAGUCAAAACGGAUAACUUCAUAUUGUACAGUUUCAUCUAAUCAGAACCAUGGACCUUCUGCGAUUUGGGCGCACCUUCAUCCAAUUCUGUCGGAAUUAAAAGAAAAACAUCCUGCUGUAACGACUGUUCACUUCUUCUCUGAUGGACCUGCAACCCAGUACAAGCAGAAGAUAAACUUUUACCUAAUGGCAAACAGGUUUUUCGAAGAUUACGGGUUUCGUCAAAUAUCCUGGAACUUCUUCGAAUCAGGGCAUGGAAAAGGAGCUGCUGAUGGUGUUGGAGGGAUAAUGAAACGCCAAGCUGAUGCCAUAGUAGCUAGAGGAAGUGAUAUUGCAGAUGUGUUCCAGUUCUUUUCCGCACUUAAAUAUGCCAACAAAAUUAAACUGUUCAUGGUGACAGACGCAGACGUAAAAAACGUAGCAGCAACGAUUCCAAGUAAUAUUGUACCCCUGAAAGGAACAAUGCAAGUCCACCAAAUGUACUCGGAAACUCGUGGAAUCUUAAACCAUAGAGUAUUGAGUUGUUUUUGUGAAAAAUUCUGUUCUUGCCACGAUCCUAAAACUUAUCAGCCUCUGCCUGAAAUCCAACAACAACAAAAUACUGUGCACGAGUUCUUAUCUAACGAAAAAGAAGACGAUAUAAUUCAUGAUGUGGAAGAUUUCACGCUCUCUGAUAUUACGAACACAAUUAGAAUGCCAACUGAUCAAACUGUCGUCUGCGGUACUUCUUACCAAACACUCCAGCCUGAAGACGUUCAUCCAAUGAAUAUAAAAGACGGAGUUCAUGUAUUAGUAAAAGUAAGAAGCAAUAGGAAAAUUGAAUACACUUACGCUGGAGUAGCAAAAAGUACCGUCGAUGAAGAAGGCGAUGUCAUGGUAAUGUUUCUGAAAACAGUCGAUGAUAGUGGAAGACUGUUUAAGUUGGUGAAGAAUGACGUAUCGGAUGUUCCUUUUGAUGAUUUGAUUUAA